GGUCUGCAUCGACAAUCGACCUGCUCCCGGCUGGCGGCUGGCGGAUGGAGCAGAUGCCUGGCCCCGCCAACGCCGCCAUGCAGCACAACCUUCUUUCGAUGGCGUGGCGCCCGCCUGCCCAGGCGGUGGGCAGCCAGUGAGUGUCCAGACUCUUCUGCUCGCCGCCUCGCUUGCGACGCCCUGUCUCAUGCCAAAACGCUGUCUGCCCGCUCUAUGCCAACACCGCCUGUCGUGCGUCACUACCGGCCAGAGUUCAGUUCGUGGUGUGUGGCCCCAGAACUCAAACCAACACCACUCCUGUCCCCACGCCAGUCGCUCUGCGGCGCCUCAACUGUCCUGCCGGCAGUCGCUGCGUCCCCAGGUGGUGGUUACACUGCACCUGCAUCCCCGUUGCGACCUCGCCGGCCCGGGAAUAACUUUGCCAGACUCGUCACCCCAUUCAUCAUCAGUCAUCGCCGGGCCCAGCACCCGUCCUAUCAGAGGCAGUUCGGGGCAUUGUCCGCGCACGGCUGUUUCACGCGGGGCAGACCGGGACGAACACUCAGCAGUCAAUCAAUCAAUCAAAUUCUGUCAAACGUGCAUCAGUACUAUGGUACGGCAGGGCCGCGCAACCUUUGGUGGCGCCCUCUCUUGGCUGCCCCCGCGCAGCCACCCCGGUUGUCCCGUUUCUGGGACCAUGGGCAGCCGACCCUCUCCACGGGUAUGCCAUAAGACGAC